AUGGUGACGGACGGGGAGUGCUCGGCGGCGGCGGCGGUGGCGAGGAAGGGGGGGCAGCAGCAGCAGCAGGCGGUGGUGGUCAGGAGCCACAGCGAGGCGGAGCGGAAGCGGCGGCAGCGGAUCAACGCCCACCUCGCCACGCUUCGCACCCUCGUCCCCUCCGCCUCCCGGAUGGACAAGGCGGCGCUGCUGGGGGAGGUGGUGCGGCACGUGCGGGAGCUGCGGUGCAGGGCGGACGACGCGACGGAGGGCGUCGACGUCGUGCCCGGGGAAGGAGACGAGGUGGGCGUCGAGGAGGAGGAGGAUGCGGGCUGCUACUGCCUCCCGGCCGACCGCGGCGUCGGCGACAGGCGGUGGCGGCGUCGCGUCAGGGCGUGGGUGUGCUGCGCCGACCGGCCCGGCCUCAUGUCCGACCUGGGCCGCGCCGUGCGCUCCGUCAGCGCGCGGCCCGUCCGCGCGGAGGUCGCCACCGUCGGCGGGAGGACCCGCAGCGUCCUCGAGCUCGACGUCACCUGCGGCGACGCGUCCGCCGCCGCCGCCACCGACAACGACCGUGCCGUCGCGCUGUCCGCCCUCCGCGCCGCCCUGCGCACCGUGCUGCUCAACCGGGAGGAGCUCCUCGCCGCCGCCGCCGCCGCCGAGGGCUACAAGCGCCCGCGCUUCUCGCCGAGGUGUAGUACGUAG